AAUAUUUCAAAACCGCUAAAAAACAAAAAAAAGAUAGAAGUUUUCUCAAUUCUCAUUUCACUAUUUUGUUGAAAUAAUUUGAAAUAAUUGUUUAAAAUAGGUAGUUUACUAAGAAAAUGUGUGAAGACGUGCACGAUACACAAAACACGCAAACGCAGACUCAAAACUCUCAAGCAGAAUGGAGUCAGUCCAACACUCCAGCGUUUAUCCCAAAUAUUUGGGGGAGACUCUACUUCAGUACAGGGUCAAGAGGAAAACAAUGCUGGCUCAGCGGCUCUAGUAAACCAGAAUAUUAUGACUUGAUUGCCCAAGAGUUUACAUUGGGCAGAGCUCUUUCAAGCACUAUAGUUAUAAAGAAAGACAUUGUUCAUAUAGACAUGUUGAAGAUAAUAAGCAAAAAUCAUUUUGUAAUCAGAAGGGACCUAUCUGAAGCUUUGAGUCCUGCUAUCUUGACUGAUCUGUCCUACAAUGGGACCUUCAUCAAUGGUAUAAAAAUAGGCAAAGGGAAUAGUCGUGUGCUGGAUGAUAAUGAUGUUAUUGCUAUGACUCCGACAUUUAAGAUGUUUGUGUAUAAAGAUUUGUUGAAAAAUGAACAGGACCAAGUACCAAAAGAGAUAGCCCAAAAAUAUUACAUCUCAAAGACUUUAGGCCAAGGUGCUUGUGGUAUUGUCAAAUUGGCCUUUAACAAAACAACAUGUACCAAGUAUGCAAUAAAAAUUAUUAAGAAGUGUAGACUGACUAAUGGAAAUUUCCAUCAAUUAAAUAAUCCUGAGAAAAUUCAAAACGAAAUUAGAAUAUUGAAAACCCUUAAUCAUCCAUGUAUAAUCUCAACUGAGGAGGCGUACGAUUUCCCUGACACAGUGUACAUCGUGCUAGAGCUGAUGCAGGGAGGAGAGCUUUUUGACCGCAUCUUCAAACAUGGCCCCAUGCCAGAGAACCUUGCGAGGUUCAUGUUCCGACAGAUUGUGUUGGCAGUCAAGUACUUGCAUGCUAAUGGCAUUACGCAUAGGGACUUGAAGCUUGAAAAUGUGCUAUGUGAAAGUAAAGAUGAAGAAACGAGAGUAAAGAUUACUGACUUUGGUCUGAGCAAGUUUGUGGGUGAGCAUAGCUUUAUGAAGACUAUGUGUGGCACACCCACCUAUGCUGCACCUGAAGUGUUAAGGUCGAACGGCAGCAGCAGCUACGGACCAGAGGUGGAUGUGUGGAGCCUGGGAGUUAUGUUCUUUAUCUGCCUCGUAGGUUACAUGCCAUUCUCAAGCGACUACGGGACACCCACAGUGGAACAGAUUCUCAAAGGCCAGUACCGAUACUCGGCGUCCCACUGGCGGACAGUGAGCUUGCAGGCCAAGCUGCUUAUGAAGGGGAUGUUAACAGUCGAUGUACGAAAGCGGAUAACGCUGCAGCAGAUACUUGAUCAUCCUUGGAUGCAGGAUGAUGAUGUUAUAUUGAAAGUGGAUGUGUUGCUGUGUUGCAAUGUAAAUGACAUUGAGCUUGAUAAAGAAAACCGUGACGAAGAAAAUAAUAAUAUGGCUACAAACGACAAGGUUGUGAAGUUGGCACAGUGCAAUAAUAAAAGAGCAUUAAGCAAUAGUUUCAGUUCCUGUGAACCAAUGCCCAAGAAAUUACGAGUUCAAUGCACCGAUGAUUGCAAUGACACGGGCUCCACAACUAGUUACAGUGAUUAAAUGAGCCAGACAUAUGGUCUAUGGAUGUAUGAGACUGGCAAAAUAGCUUUUGAUAUGCUUAUAGUAUACUUGAGUUGUAUGUGCCAUACUAGAAUUGGGGCCCUCGCUCACUUCUUUAAGAAAUGCUGUACUAUUAUAUAGGCACUUCAUAUUGUGAAUAACGGCAUCUAAGCUUAUAAUAAUCCAAGCUGGUAACUAAGCUUAAACUCUGCCUAUUGGUAAAAUAUGAGCCGCAAGUCAGCAAUAACCAGGAGGUAAGUUUUAAAAUGUGUUGAAUGUCAUUAUAUAAAGUGAGCGAGGGCCCUAAGAGUUAUUGACAAGUUAUGUUUUGUUUGUAAAUUGACAUUUGACUGAUAUUUUGUAUAUUUAAUAAGACAUUACAAAUAUUGUAUUUUGAUGGCUUUUAAACUAGGUGCUUCUUCAGUAGGACUUUCGAUGUUAUCUCCAUAAUGCGAGUUGCAUAAACGGUAUUGCUUAUUUGUAAACAUUAAACUUUGACCCAGACUGCCUUAUAUGAGCCUUAGAAUUUGUUAAGUAACUUUUAUAACCCUAGCAUACGGGAGGGUUACAUUGCAUCAUAAUCACUGUCUUAAAAAAUAAAAACAUGACAAAUUAAGUUUAGGUACACUGGUACACACAUUUCCUAUAUUAUGCCAUAAGCCAGGGGUUCCCAAUCUUUUUCAGCCUGCGGCGCACUUACAAGUCAA